GCUGUUUUCGCUAUGUCUUCCAUUUUCAAUAUCGAACUUUGGUAAAACUACAAAUCCGUAAAAUUGUAAUCAAGACGAUUGCAACUUUAUUUUUAUAAAUAAUUAUAAAAACAAUAUGAUUAUUUUGUAAAUUAUUAUUCGGGAUUUUCAUUUUUAUUGUUAAAUACAUUUUUAAUUGAUCAUUUCAUUGAUCAAAAUAUUGUCGAAUCUUUUUGUGUACGUUGUGUACUAUUACAAGAUUUUUAAUAAACAACAUGACUUCAAGUAAUCAAGAGAAUACUUUAAAAAGAAAAUUAGAUGAUCGUGAUGAUUCUGAGGAUGAAUAUGGAAACAAUGACAAUGUCAAGAGUAAAUCAGAGGGUUCUUCAUCAAAUGCUCUACGACUGUGUCCAUAUUUAGAUACCAUAAACAGACAAUUUCUAGAUUUUGAUUUUGAAAAGUUAUGCUCUGUUUCGCUAUCAAGAAUCAACGUCUAUGCAUGUUUAGUUUGUGGAAAAUACUUUCAAGGAAGAGGGACGAAUACCCAUGCAUACACUCAUAGUGUUGCAGAUGGACAUCAUGUAUUUUUGAAUUUACAUACGUUAAAAUUUUAUUGCCUGCCCGAUAAUUAUGAAAUCGUUGAUUCUUCUUUGGAUGAUAUUAAAUAUGUGUUGAAUCCAACAUUUAAUAAGGACCAAAUAACUCAGCUUGAUAUAAGUGACAGACAAUCACGAGCUAUUGAUGGUUCAAUGUAUUUACCAGGCAUUGUUGGUAUGAACAACAUCAAAGCCAAUGAUUAUUGCAACGUUAUUCUGCAGGCAUUAUCACACGUAACUCCACUGAGAGAUUAUUUCUUGAGAGAAUCAAAUUAUGCACAUAUUAAGAGACCUCCUGGAGACUCUUCAUAUCUUUUGGUUCAGAGGUUUGGAGAGUUAAUGAGAAAAUUAUGGAAUCCUCGUAAUUUUAAAGCUCAUGUUAGUCCUCAUGAGAUGCUUCAAGCAGUAGUUUUGUGGAGUAAAAAACGUUUCCAGUUUACGGAGCAAGGUGAUCCUAUCGAUUUUUUGUCAUGGUUUCUCAAUGCUCUUCAUCUUGCAUUAAAUGGUAGCAAGAAGAAAAAUUCAAGUAUAAUAUACAAGACGUUUCUGGGGCACAUGAAAAUAUAUACAAGAAAAAUUCCACCUCUUGAACUCGAGGAAAGCCAAAGAAGUGAAUUAUUAAAUACUGUAGAAUAUGGAGAAACUGUUACAGAAAGUCCAUUUUUGUAUUUAACUUGUGAUUUGCCUCCACCGCCGCUUUUUAAAGAUCAAAUUAGAGAAAAUAUCAUCCCUCAGGUGAGUCUUUACACUCUUCUGAAUAAAUUUAAUGCUAUCACAGAAAAAGAAUAUAAAACGUAUAAGGAGAAUUUUAUGAAAAGAUUUGAGAUAACUGAACUACCACCUUAUCUCAUUCUUUAUAUCAAGAGAUUCACUAAAAAUACUUUUUUCGUAGAAAAGAAUCCUACGAUUGUUAAUUUUCCUGUCAGAAAUGUUGACUUCGGAGAUAUUUUAACUGCAGAAGUGAAAGCGACUCAUCCUUAUACUACCUAUGAUUUAGUAGCUAACAUAGUUCACGAUGGUGAACCAGGUCAGGGAACAUAUAGAGUUCACAUCUUACAUAGAGCUACAGGUCAAUGGUAUGAAUUACAAGAUUUACAUGUUACACAAAUUCUACCUCAGAUGAUCGCAUUAUCGGAAGCUUACAUUCAGAUUUACGAGUUGAGGAAAAGUGGAAAUCCAGAGAAUGGUGUAUCAAAUUAAAUUUGAUAAGGUUUAAAUUUUUAUAUUAAUAAAUAAAAAUUUUAUAAUUGAUUUGCAUGGUUUAAACAAAGAAGUACCUCUUAUCACUUUUAGUUAAA